UGCAAAUAGAGAUCUAUUCAUGGGUCUCACCUUCCAACUGAUUCCAACUCUGUUGUGCCUACUAGUAUGUACCAGCAACUUUGUCCACGGCCAAAAAUGUGGUAUUACCUUAAGAGAGAUCAUCAAAACUUUGAACUUCCUCACAGAGAAGAAGCAUGGGUGCACCGAGUUGACUGUAGCAGACGCCUUUGCUGCCUCGAAGAAUACAACCGAGAAAGAAACCAUUUGCAGAGCUACGACUGUGCUUUGGCAGGUCUAUACACGUCACAAAUGUUUUAGCAAAUACCUGAGAGGACUCAGAAGAAGCCUCAGCAGCAUGACAAACCUGACUUACUGUCCUGUGAGUGAAGACAGGACAAGUACAUUGAAAGACUUCUUGGAAAGGCUAAAGACGAUCAUGAAGGAGAAAUAUUCAAAGUGUGGAAGAAGAAUAUUUUAA